UAUAAAAAGAUGCCUUUAACCGCAGCUGCAGAUUCCUGCUCUCCAGCUGUAAAAGAUCUGAGGAUUGUGCUGCUUGGAAAAACUGGAUCGGGAAAGAGUGCGACAGGGAACACCAUCCUGAAACGGGAAGCUUUUACUUCAAAGAUAUCUCCAGUUUCUGUGACAAACAAAUGCAGGAAAGAAACUGGACACUUAGAUGAACGAACUGUGAGUGUUGUUGACACCCCUGGGAUCUUUGAUACAUCGACUGAAGAGAAAAAGUUGAAAGAGGAAAUAGAGAACUGUAUCGUGCUGUCUCUCCCAGGACCACAUAUUUUCUUGUUAGUCAUUCGUCUGGAUGUUCGCUUCACAGAUGAGGAGAAGAAUGCUGUUCAGUGGAUCACAGAAAACUUUGGAGAGGAAGCCUCCAAGUAUACAAUAGUUGUUUUCACCAGAGGAGAUGAACUCCACGAACCUAUUGAGAGCUAUUUGCACAAAAGUCCUAAUUUGAGGAAGCUCACCAGUGACUGUAAAGCUGGAUACAUUGUGUUUGACAAUACAUGUGUAGAAAAUCGCACUCAGGUCGCUGAUCUUUUUGAGAACAUAGACAGAACAGUUCAGUUAAAUGGUGGCUAUUAUGACAGCAGCUUAUACAAAGAGGCCCAGAGAAAACUGUGGUUGCGCGGGGUUGGAGACACACUGAACUCUGCAACCCCUUAUUUGAUUGGAGCAGCCGUCACUGCUGCCCCUGCAGUUGCUUCUGCAGUAACGUUAGAGGAAGCUGCAGCUCUGGCUGUGCGACCAGUGUUGGUGCUUGGAGGAGCAAUGAUUGCCAAAGGCAUCAGGUGGUGGGCUGGUUCAAAUACAAACAACUAA